AUGCUGGGAAUAGCUACUGCAACCAGUGUUCGAGUUAGCAAUGAUCUAGGAGCGGGACAUCCGAUGGUCACUAAGUUCUCGGUCAUAGUAGUGACUGUAACAAGUAUCCUAGUCAGCAUAGUUUUCACUAUAAUCAUGCUGAUAUUCGGGGUUGGGUUAGGCAAAGUUUUCACAAGUGACUCUCAGGUCAUCGAGGCAUGGUCUAGUUUGGCUCCAUUAGUUGCGAUCUCCUUGUUCUUAAGUGGAACUCAAAUGGUACUAUCAGGGGUGGCCAUUGGGAGUGGAUGGCAAGCUGCUGUAGCAUAUGUUAACUUAGUCACUUACUACAUCAUUGGUCUUCCUAUUGGACGCAUUCUUGGAUUCAAAACAAGCUUAGGAGCGGCAGUGAGUUCUGCAUUUUCUGUUUAA